GAGACUUGUGAACUAAACUCUCCAAAAUGCAAAACAAAUUCUAGAAACAUCUUCAACUUCUUCUCCUCUACCCACCUUUCAUCAUCUUCUAUUCUGCUCUCUUCCGUCUCUCGCUAUACUAUAGUGUUUGUAAUUGCUGAGGCUUUCCAGUUUCUAUAUUUGAAUCAUGAUUUUUGAGGUUUCUGAUAGGAGAGAACAUUUUGAAUCUGAAGAUGGUGAUGAUGAUAAUGAUGGUAUUCGUUUGUCACAAAUGUUUCCCCAUGCUGUGGGUUUGUUAAAAUGUGAUGGUUCUAUUAAGAAGAGGGAUUCUAUGUUUGAUAACCCCGAUUCCUCCCUGCAUGUUUCUGUAAAGAAAUCAAAGCUGUCACCAUAUCAUCAUCACGCCCAAGAUGAAGAUGAUCUUCGUCAAGUCAUUGAUAACAUUGAUAAGGUCCAUGAAAGGAAGGAAGAGGAACUCAAGGCUCUUUCCCAAAAAAUUGCUGAAAUUACUGUGGAAUUUAUGGCCAAAGAGAUAGAGCUUGAUGCAGUGAAUAACUUAAUUGGUGAACUAGAGGAAAAGUUAGACUCCGAAAAGAAGAAGUUACUACAGGUAAUAUCAAUGAAGAAGCGCUUUGAAGGACGAGUAAAGGAGUUGGAAUCAAGAGAGAAGCUGCUUGAAGGACAUAUGGAGGAGAUUGAACCAAAGGAGAAGAAAGAGUUGGUUAAUGAACUGGAAUCGGAAAAGAAGCAUAUCGAGAGCAGACUGCAGGAGCUCGAAUCAAAAGAAAAGCAAUUUGAAGGACAAAAGAAGGAGUUUAAAGGUCGAGUGAAGGUGCUUGAAUCAAAGGAGGAGGAAUUUGAAGGUCGAGUUAAGGAGUUCAAGUCAGAAAGGAAGCAAUUUGAAACCCAAGUCGAGCACUUCAAAUCGAAAGAAAAGCAAUUUGAAGGACGGUGGAAAGAACUUGAGUUAAAAGAGAACAAGUUCAUAGUGCAGGUGAAGGAGUUCGAAUUAAAAGAGAAGCAGUUUGGAAGACAAGUCAAGGGUCUUGAGUCAAAGAUGAAUAAAUUGGAUGGACAACUAAAGAAGCCUGAGUCGACAAAGAAACAAUAUGACGCAUUAACAGAGCAUAUUGCCGAGGAAAAAGAUUUGGUUGCGUCUUAUAUGGAUGAUCAAUUAAGUCGUAACUUUGGUGGAACAAGUUUGCAGUUGCACAUAAGUGAGAAAACUGAUGGACUUGAGUCACUUCAUACUGGUAUUUUAGUUGAUCUGCUAGAAUCAUCAGAUCCAUCAAGAUUUGUUUUGGAUAUGAUACAGAAUACCAUUGUUCCACUGAGUAAGAAGGGAGACAAUGUUGUAAUUAUUGCUGAUUACCAAAUCCUGCUGCUAGAACAACUUAUGAAAAUCUCACCAAAUAUUGAGCCUUGUGUAAGAGAUGAAGCAUUGAAGCUAGCACUUGAUAUGAAAGCCAACAUGAAAGAAAAUAGUAAAAAUCCUUUGGUGGUUCUUGGUUUUCUAUUGCUUUUGUCAAAUUAUGGAUUGGUUACUUCUUUUGAUGAAGAUGAACUUUUGGAGCUUUUUGCAUUUGUUGCUGAGCACAAGAUAGCUAUGGAGCUGUUUGGAACCAUGGGUUUUGCCAACAAAGCUUCUGAUUUUGUUGAGAAUCUUAUUAGGAGGAAGCAAUUUGUUGUAGCUGUUAGAUUCAUUUCUGCAUAUAACUUGGCCAACAAGAAUAAACUAGUUGAUCUCUUGCAAGAACACGUCCAGAAUGCCAAACUGAUUUGUGAGGGCAGUUGCAAGAAAACCAACUCCAUUGAAAUCAAGGAUAAGGCCAGAGAUCAAGAAAUUGCUAGUCUGAGAACUGUUCUGCAGUGCAUUUUGGAUCACAACCUGCAAUCUGCAGAUCUGCUUGAUAAGGAGAUUCAAUAUCGCAUUCUUGAGCUUAAAGCACAUAAAGGCCAUUAGUUUUUGUACUGGAACAGACUAAUAUGUAUAGAAAUGGGGUAAUGCAAACCUGCUAACUUAGUACACCACCAUUGUACCAAGUUAUUUGGAGUACAUGGCUCUCUGUUUCUUACUCUAUGUAAAAGGUCUAAAAGGAAAGAAUGAAGACUCGUUAUAUAGUUAACAUGAUUAUCUUUAUUUACUGGCUA